CAGCACAAGAACUGUUCGAGUAUUGGACCGAGAUAAUAAAUAUAGCAAAAGAUUUGUUAGUAAAUGCUCAAGAGAAACAAAGUGAUCAAACCAACAAAAAGCGACGUUAUCUAGAAUUAAAUGAAGGAGAUUUAGUAUUAUUGAAUUUGACAAAUAUAAUUCUACAAAAAAGUGCAAAAAGAGCAUCAAAGAAACUUAUCGCAAAACUCAUAGGACCCUUCAAAAUCGUUCAGAAAAUUUCAGCAGUAACAUAUCGAUUAAAACUCCCGGAAACACUACGUAUUCACCCAGUUUUCCACAUAUCCUUAUUAAAACCUUACUACCCUAGUGAGUUUAGAGAUGAAGUAAGAAAAGAACCCCCAGAAAUUGCAACCAAAGAUCUAAAAGAACACGAAGUCGAAGCCAUACUAGACAAGAGAACAUACUACUGUCACCUACAGUACUUAGUAAAAUGGAAAGAUCACCCGCUAUACGAUGCUACUUGGGAACUCUUGACUAAUCUUGAAAAUUAUAAAGACUUGGUAAAAGAGUUCGAAAAAACUAGUGAAACUGUUUUAAAUGGGGAGAGU